AUGAUGCCCGAUAAUGCAUCCAUAACCACCUUCAACACCGCCCGCACUGUCUUCCCUAAGGGCCCUAGCUUCUCUCUCGAGGACUUCUCUAGCCGAGACUUCAUUGUCAAGGAGUUCAUCGAAGCCCUUUCAGACACUGCCAUCUCCGGCCGUCGUUCCAGCGCCCCUAUCCCUAACCAGCCGUUCGACCCCAAGCCCCUCAUCCGCACCUUCGAAUUCGCCCAGCAGCGCCUUGGGGAACUCUCUGGAGACCUAGAAAUCCGCGAGAAUGAAUUAUCCGCCGCGGUACGCCGGGCAGAGGCCCAGCACUCCCAAAACCUGAUCACUCUCGGUCGCAAACUCCGACAGACGAUCGAUUCAUUUCAGCAACUCGACACCUCGCUGAAUGGCACCACCUUAGAAAGCGCCGCCGGCCAGGGUGGAACAGGGAAUAUGGCGGUUGAAACCGGAAGGAGGCUGGAGGAACUGGAUCGCCAGCGCCGACGCGCCUUGGAUGCGCACUUCCUGUUGGAGUGCUGGGACGGGGUCUGCAACCGGGGCGAGAUUACGCUGUUAGAGAACCUACGGCGUUCAGGCACAGGCGAGGCCAAGGUGCGAUCUGCGCAUAUCGCUCGCCAGCUGUUACGGAUCAGUCAGCGGCUGGACCCCAAGAGCUGGCAAGAGAAUCCAUCUCCGUCGAAUGGUCAUUACGGUUCCUCGUCCGAAGACUCUAAUGGCGGGAGCGACACGCCUCGGCGGAACACGCGGGAGAUCAUCGAGAAGUUCUCGGAGACCCUAGAGAAGGAUCUGUUGAAACAAUUCGAUGAGUUCUACCGCAAGGCCAACUUCGACGGUAUGAAGGACUGCGCUACUGUGUUGCAAGACUUCAACAGUGGUUCGAGCGCGAUUGCGUUAUUUGUGAAUCAGCAUCAGUUCUUCAUCGACCGUAGUCAACUGGUCACUGAGGAAAUUGGGGGCGAUGCGGAGUCUUGGGAGAGAUUAGCAGACCCGGAUGCGGAGCUACCUGGAGUAGAGCCCAGUUUGCAGUCUUUGCUGGACGAGGUGAAAGUUGUGGUUCAAGAGGAGUCCGCCAUUAUCAAGCGCGCAUUCCCCUACUAUGAUCAGGUAUUGGGGAGGUUUUUACAGCGCGUGUUUCAACAGUCGAUCCAACAGCGACUUGAGAUGGUCCUGGACAAAGCCAAUGGGGUCUCCUCUUUAGCAUUCCUUCGGUGCCUUCAAAGCUCUCGCGGCUAUAUCAGUGCCCUGGUCGAUGAUCUGAAGGCACACGGCCUAACAGAACACCCAGAUCCUAUUUCAUCCCAGACUGCGCUACUAUUAGAUCAACAACUGGAGGAACUCUUUGUACCCUAUUUUGUUGGGUCGUCUUAUAUUGAGCGAGAGAAGCGAACGCUGGAGGAACUAUUCAAUGCCCUUCUUUUCCGAUUUACAAGCUCCCAGGCUCGCAGAAAGAAGGCCGCCACUACAUUUAUGGCAUCCCUCUCGAGACCCGGGACAGAGCUACUCUCUACCACUCGGGAUGCUUUCAUUGCUCGGCUCGAUUCACCGGACAUGUCUCCGAUCCAGCGGAGGAUGCUGCUUCAAAUUGCUGGGCUUGCGGACAUCCCCGAAACCACGCGGCUGACUGAGAUCAAACUUAGCGAAGAAGACGGUCAACCGAAUCUCAGCGAUGCCAAGCGCAUGCUCAAAUGGCUUGCAGAAGCAGUGGGCCGAGGGUUGGAACUAAGCGUCAAUACGGAUACCCACAAAGACGUGUCCGCUCUCCUCAACCUACUGUUGCUCACCAUGGGCGAGGGUUAUGUGGAUGUCUGUCUCGACGCUGCGCUAGACGCAGCCACGGCACAAGAAUCCGGUAAGACAGAGCCAGACUUCAGUUAUCUCCCAUCGGUUCGCACCACGAUCAGCAUCACCACGCUGAUGAUUAUGUGUAUCAAUGCGGUGUUAAUUCCGCUGGCUGCUGGAAGCAUCACGACUCGUCGGGAUAUGGAAAAGCGCACCACUCAAGCGACGGUGCGGUUUGAGGAUAAGAUCAAUUCGAUCGAACAGAAGACUAUCGAUGCCACUUUGACAUGGGUCGGGCGGCUACUGUCUGGACAAAAGAAGAAUGACUUCCGACCACGAGACACCGUGGACAGUACCGCAUGGCUGGAGCGAUUGCAAACACCGUCCUCACUGAAAUCGCCAUGGGGGGUCCGUGGACUGCUGCUGGAGCACUUCAAGCGGUUUGCCGUCAGUGGACCGGGCGGUCUCAUGGUGACGAAGGACAUGACCCAGUAUGCGGAACUACUCAAGUCGUGGAGCAUCGACGAUGAUGCCAAGGCCCCUGGUGGCGCGCUGGACGUGUUGCUAGAGGUAGGUAAUUUGUUUGUUAUUGGUGAGGAGGCGCUUCGAGAACGGAUUCGUGGCGGCGCUGCCAGUGGAACAACCGGAGGUGGGGGCCGUGGAAAUCAAGAAGCCAAGCUCAGCGUUCAGGAAGUGCGGGCGUAUGUUUCACGACGAGAAGACUCGAAUACUCUUGCUAUGCAGCAGGUGUUGAACACUCUGUAA